AACCAGCUUCGUGCAUAAAUCGAGCUACUGUAACGCAAAUCCAAUUAACACAACCAUCCUCUCGGUGAAUACUGUAGCUCAUCGGUGGUUCCUCCUUUUUAUUUGAUUCUUCAAUUCUCUGUCCUUCUUCUGCACCUUAAACAGGUAAAGAGAACUCUACUUUUUCGUUAUACGAUUACUACGUUUCACAUUUCGUGCCUGUUCGCAAUUUCACUCACAAGUGAACACGGAAAGUUUCUUCAAGGGUAUAUUUGACACGGAACCUCUUGUUGCAUUGCAGUGCUUGAUCAAAUAUGGGAUGCUCUGCUUCAAAAACGUCCAAAGUUGUGGUCCCAAUGCCAACAGAGCUGAAAGAAAACUUAAAAUCAUCACCCGAAGAAGAUAGACAAGAAAAUACAGCUACGACAGAAAGAAAAACUUCGACAACAAUUCAAGUGAAACAGUCCAAUGUCGACAGUUUAAAUGGAAGCCAAAGUAGUUUGAAUUCCAACUCUGAUUCUGAAAGAUCAAAUCGGGAAAGCUCGGCAAAAUCUACAAGAACUAUGGACAGUGGUUUAGGUGAACUAGAAGACGACGAAAAUAUUGUGACAGAAAAAUCCACACUGGACAAACAGAAGAGAGUACUGAUAGACGAUAGGCCUCCGACACCAGGUUGGUGUACGUUUGAAUUCUCAAACGAAAAUACAAGAUGUUAUUUUUCAAAAUUCAAUUCAUAGAGCAGCUGUGAUUUUUUCGUGAGCGUGCCGCGCGUUCCGUAAAAGAACGUGCACUGAGUCGCAUGAAGGUGGAUCAAAGCUUGCGCAAGGGUUGCUCGCUUUGUUUCCAAGCGUCCAAGCGAAGCAAAACAGUGUCACGUUCGGGUUAAUAUGCAUUUAAUUAAUAGUCUUUAUUUAUUUUGACGACUGCUGGUUAAAUUAAUUCUUCGUUACUCUUGAGUGAUUCCUACACUGAGUUUUGUUAAGAGUAUACAUUGUAAACUUCAUUUUUAAUUUUUUCUAGAGCUCUGCAUCGAAGGUACUCAAGUUACGAGAAGGAAGAGUUUGAAAGAGAAACGAGUUUCCUUUUCAGAAAAACAGGAAGAAGUUAGGAAUAGAAUAAAUGCUUUAUCGCCUCUUGGCGGAGUGACAGAAAGACCUCAGAGCAGGGGAGGAAUGGCGUUUGAUAUCAUGUUGGUUCCUGAAACUGGUAACGUGAAAAGAAGGCCUCAACAUCUGAGAUCACUGGAAAGACGGAAGAAGAAAGGAGCUCGGAGAACCAAAGAAGAAAUAGAAGAAAAGCUUAAACAUGCUGAGGAAAGAAGAAGGGUAAGAGUGCGUUUUAUUUUAACAAUAUUUUAAAACAGUUGGGUCAUAAAAACAACGAUGAAAUUGUUAUUUGAUGUUAAGAUAAUAAGAUCUAGGCAAAGAAGAUUUCUCCAAUCAUCACUUGGCAUAGCAAAUUGCUUACCCUGACUUGUCUAAAGGGAUCUCUGUUAGUUAGUAUAACUGAAAAAAUAUCCUUCAUUUUUCUCUCAAAAGUUAAUUCAGUUACUAAUAAUUUAAGUAAGUCCUUAAGCAAUGUUACAGACUUAAUCAUUUUCCAUUAUUUUGGAUAAAAAUAACAAGAGGCCUCAUUUUUUAUUUAAUUUUUGCAGUUCUAAUGUUCACUUUAAAGAGAAAAGUUAACCCUUAAACGAGGAUAAAAUUAAUGAUGUAAGGAACAAUGAAACCAGAAAUGGAUGGUUGCAACCAUUUUUAAUAACUGUCUUUUUUUUUUGGUUUCAGGAGAAAAAACAGCACAUGAAAGAGAAAGCACAAGCUAUGAUUUCAAGAGAAAGACAAGUUAAACAAGCUUUAGAUGACUUUGAACAACGACAAAAAAAUUAUAAUGAGCAAACUGUCUCCAGUUAGAGGCUCUAUCUCUACAAUAGAUUUUUAGUUUUAUAAUUUAUUGACAUUUUUUAAUUGUGGAGUGAUAAUUGGUAUAAUAUAUUAUACAGAUGUUAUCCUUGCUUUUUCAAGGGAGAGUUUGUACUGACUUGCUGCAAGAUAUUUCAUUUGAAACAAAGUGUACUUAAAAAUGUGUUAAUAUAUUGGAAAGUGGCACUUUCUUGACCAAAAACCCUUUCCCUCUUUUGGAUGACUUAGUUUCAGGUGUAGAUAUUUAGACUCUCUGUAAUGACAACUUCAUCAUACAUUCUUAGAAACAGGGAAUGGAAUUUACUGCAAAGCUAGCUAUGCUGGCCUCAGUCAAUGUUAAUUUUGAAAAUCUGGUAAUUUUUUCUCAAUAACUAACCAUACCUUAAAUUUAUACUUAAAUCAAUAGUGUAGAACACA